ACUCCAAAUUACCACGUGGUUAAAUUCUCCCUCCUCAAAUUACAAAUUGCAACACAAAACUUUCACAAAGAAAAUGUCUUCAAGCAAUGCCAUCAAUCUCACUCGUUCCUCUAACAAUUCCUUCCUCCAACUCAUCGCAUCCUCACUUCAGAGCCUCUAAGGCACUACCCAUCUCCAAAUUUCUUCAAUUUAAGACUCCAUUUCCUACUAUUGAACAUCCAUUUUCCUUACUUAUUCGCCAUCAUCUGACAUUUGUCUGUAGAUUUAGCUAUUCGAAUGGAGAAAGUGAAGGUAACCCAGUUGCUAGAAUCACCCAAAAUGAUGCAUUUUCUAUUCUCUACUCAAUGGAAGAGUCUGGUGUUUCACCUGAUCACAACACUUACGCUUACCUCUUAGAUUGCUGUUUGAGUUCUGGAUCGUUAGUAGACGCUAAAAGGAUUCAUGCAAGGAUUCUGAAGGUGGGUUUUGGAAAAGAUAGCACCUUGUGCAACAAGCUUAUAGAUUUCUACUUGGGUUUCGGGGAUUUUCUUGAUGCGAUCAACGUGUUUGAAGAAAUGUCUCAUAGAACAGUUUCUUCAUGGACCAGUAUCAUUUCUGGGUUUCUCGAAAGAAAUGAACGUCAUCAAGUGUUGGCCAUUUUCCCAAAAAUGUUGAGGGAGUGUAGGGAUCCUAAUCCUGUCGCUUUCGCGAGUGCUUUGAGAGCGUGUAGUGGAAAUAAUGUGUAUUGGCAUCUGGUUCAACAAAUUCAUGCGAAGAUAUUCCGGCAUGGGUUUGUUGGUGAUCCUAUUGUUGGCAACCCAUUGAUUGACUUAUAUUCAAAGAAUGAAUGUAUAGACUCGGCAAUGCUUGUCUUCGAGGAGUUGUUUUCUAAGGAUAAUGUUUCAUGGGUUGCAAUGGUGUCUGGAUUUUCUCAGAAUGGUCUUGGAGAAGAAUCACUAAAUGUCUACUAUUUCAUGGAAUCACUAAAUGUCUACUGUCAAAUGCAUCAAUCUGGGAUUCUUCCGACUCCGUAUGUUUUGUCUAGUGUUUUAAGUGCUUGUGCAAAGUGUGAGUUAUUUGAGAAUGGGAAGCAAAUCCAUGCUCAAGUGCACAAGUGGGGAUUUUACUCGGAAACAUUUGUAGGCAAUGCACUUAUUAGCUUGUAUUCACGCUGUGGAGCUCUUCACUUGGCACAUAGAGUCUUUACUGAAAUGCCACGACAUGAUGGAGUGACAUAUAACUCAAUGAUCUCAGGGCUCGCACAACAUGGAAAUAGUGAAAGUGCUCUGAAGAUUUUCGAAGAGAUGCAACAUUCCAGCUUCAAACUAGACUCUGUGACUAUUUCAAGUCUUUUGAGCGCAUGUGCUGCAAUUGGAGAUAUUGAGAAAGGCAAGCAGCUUCAUUCUUAUGUGUUAAAGGCAGGGUUGUCUUCUCACUACAUAAUUGAAGGAUCGAUUCUUGACCUCUAUGUAAAGUGUGCAGAUGUUGAAACCGCGCGCAAUUUUUUCAACACAACAGAUAAAGAAAAUGUUGUUCUGUGGAAUGUGAUGCUUGUGGCUUAUGGUCAGGCGGGUAAUUUGACAGAGUCCUUCGAUCUAUUCUACCAAAUGCAAGUCAAAGGCUUGGAACCGAACCAGUAUACAUAUCCAAGUAUACUGAGGACAUGCACUUAUUUGGGAGAACUUGAUCUUGGAGAACAGAUUCAUACAUUAGCAAUAAAGACCCGUUUCAAUACAAAUGUUUAUGUUAGUAGUGUGCUAAUAGAUAUGUACUCGAAAUGUGGAAGGUUGAGCAGUGCAAAGCAAAUCCUUGAGAGAAUCACAGAGAAAGAUGUCGUCUCCUGGACUGCAAUGAUUGCUGGCUAUGCUCAGCAUGAAUUUUAUAUUGAAGCUCUCAAAACAUUUGGAGAAAUGUUAGCUCACGGGAUUCAAUCAGAUAAUAUUGGAUUGGCAAGUGCAAUUAGCGCUUGCGCUGGAAUAAAGGCAAUUAAGCAAGGAGCGCAGAUUCAUGCUCAAGCUUGUGUUUCUGGUUAUGCGUCGGAUAACUCAAUUGGAAACUCACUCAUCAAUCUUUAUGCUAGGUGCGGUAAGAUUUCAGAAGCAUAUUCUGCAUUUCAGACUGUUGAGCCUGAGGAUGAGAUAUCAUGGAAUGGACUGAUAUCAGGAUUUGCACAAAGUGGGCAUUGUGAAGAAGCUCUUAAAGUGUUUGUGGACAUGGACCGUACAGGUAUCAAAGCAAAUUUAUUUACAUUUGGGUCUGCAGUCAGUGCUUCUGGUAAUAUGGCUGAUAUAAAACAAGGGAAGCAAAUCCAUGCGAAAAUGAUAAAAACUGGUUAUGACUCUGAUAUAGAGGCUGGUAAUGUUCUAGUUUCACUCUAUUCAAAAUGUGGAAGCUUAGACGAUGCCAAAAUGGAGUUUUAUGGGAUGACUGAAAGAAAUGCGAUCUCAUGGAAUGCUAUGAUCACUGGUUACUCACAGCAUGGGCAUGGCUAUAGAGCCCUCGAGCUUUUUGAGCAGAUGAAGAAGAAAGGGUUCAAGCCAAAUCAUGUAACAUUUGUGGGUGUUUUAGCUGCCUGUAGUCAUGUGGGUUUAGUGAAUAGAGGCCUUGACUACUUCAAUUCUAUGAGUGAGGAGCAUGGACUAAUUCCAAAACCAGAACACUAUGUUUGUAUUGUGGAUAUUCUCGGUCGAGCUGGACUGUUGAAUCGUGCAAAAGAAUUUAUAGAGGAUAUGCCAGUUGAUCCAGAUGCCAUGAUAUGGAGAACUCUUCUCAGUGCUUGUACAGUUCAUAAAAAUGUUGAAAUUGGGGAAUUUGCAGCUCAACAUCUUCUGGAGUUGGAGCCCCACGAUUCAGCUACUUAUGUUCUGUUAUCAAACAUAUAUGCAAUUAACAAAAAAUGGGAUUGUAGAGAUCAGAUAAGGAAGAUGAUGAAGGAUAAAAAAGUGAAGAAAGAGCCAGGGCGUAGCUGGAUUGAGGUGAAGAACGAAGUACAUGCAUUUUAUGUUGGCGACAGAUUACAUCCUCUAGCUGAUAAGAUUUAUGAAUACUUGGAAGAUUUAAAUAAUAGAGCUGUUGAAAUUGGGUAUAAACAAGAUAAGUAUCGUCUACUUAAUGAACUUGAGCAAGAGCAGAAAGACCCAAGUGCGUAUAUUCACAGCGAGAAGAUUGCUGUUAGUUUUGGGCUAAUUAGCUUGUCUUCAGAAGUACCCAUCCGUGUAAUUAAAAACCUUCGCAUAUGUAAUGAUUGCCAUACAUGGAUGAAGCUUGUCUCAAACAUUAAGGGAAGAGUCAUCAUAGUGCGGGAUGUUUAUCGGUUCCAUCAUUUUGAAGAGGGCAGCUGUUCAUGCGGAGAUUACUGGUGAAAGAAAAUAAUUGGACAGAAAUGGUAAUGAAAAUAUUUUUAAACUGUUUUAUUUUUUUUAAUCAUAGAAAGUUAUUUUAUUUGUUACAUAUUAAAAUUAGUACAGCUCUGUAAGUUAUAUUGAGUUACCAACAAGAUAUUCUUUAUGAUAUUCUGA